AUGUCGUCCUUCGUACGAGCUCUGCGCCCGGCCCUCCGGAUGGGCCAGGUCUCUGCCAUCUCCAGAAUCGCCACAGCUGCCCCACGGAGAACACUCCCCAGCCGGAUAGUGGCCGCUCAAGCCACCCGCUCGUUCUCGUACACCCCCGCCCGCCACGAUGACGACGUCCCCCACCUGCCCAUCAUGUCCCUCAACGAGAUCGAGUCGUCCAUGCAGGAGGCCGUGCAAAAGUUCGCCAACGAGAUUGUCCUGCCCAAAGCCCGCGAGAUGGACGAGGCCGAGGCCAUGGAGCCCGAGAUCAUUGAGCGCCUGUUCGAGCAGGGGCUGAUGGGCAUCGAGAUCCCAGAGGAGUUUGGCGGCUCCGGCAUGAACUUCACGUCUGCCAUCAUUGCCAUUGAGGAGCUGGCGCGUGCCGACCCCAGCGUCAGUGUUCUCGUCGACGUCCACAACACUCUCGUCAACACCCUCUUUACGCGCUACGGCAGCCCCGCCAUGCAGAAGCGUGUUCUGCCCAAGCUUGCCUCCGAGUCCGUCGGCUCCUUCUGUCUGUCCGAGCCUGUGUCGGGCUCGGACGCCUUCGCCCUGGCCACGCGCGCCACCGAGACCGAGUCCGGCUUCCGCAUCUCGGGCUCCAAGAUGUGGAUCACCAACAGCAUGGAAGCCGACAUCUUCAUCGUGUUUGCCAACCUCGACCCCUCCAAGGGCUACCGCGGCAUCACUGCCUUCCUCGUGGAGAAGGGCACCCCCGGUUUCUCCAUUGCCAAGAAGGAGAAGAAGCUGGGCAUCCGCGCCAGCAGCACCUGCGUCAUCAACUUUGACGACGUCGACAUCCCCAAGGACAACCUGAUUGGCGAGAAGGGCCAGGGCUACAAGUACGCCAUCGGCCUGCUGAACGAGGGCCGCAUCGGCAUUGCCGCGCAGAUGACCGGUCUGGCCCUCGGCGCCUGGGAGAACGCCGCCCGCUACUGCUGGAACGACCGCAAGCAGUUCGGUCAGCUGAUUGGCGAGUUCCAGGGCAUGCAGCACCAGAUGGCCCAGUCCUACGUUGAGAUUGCCGCCGCUCGUGCGCUCGUCUACAACGCCGCUCGCAAGAAGGAGGCCGGCGAGGACUUUGUCAAGGACGCCGCCAUGGCCAAGCUGUACGCGUCGCAGGUUGCCGGCCGCGUCAGCAGCCUGGCUGUUGAGUGGAUGGGUGGCAUGGGCUUCGUGCGCGAGGGUCUCGCCGAGAAGUUCUUCCGUGACAGCAAGAUCGGUGCCAUCUACGAGGGUACCAGCAACAUCCAGCUGAACACGAUUGCCAAGCUUCUACAGAAGGAGUACACCGCAUAG